UGCAAGUGGGAAGCUCUGGAUUUUAUUUGAGCCCCGAUCUUUGAGUUGGGGCGUGUCGGUAAGAAACAAGGCUGGAUACCACAAUUGUUAUAUAUUAUAUAACAGUAUAAUAUGUAACGAUAAAGUUUACAGUGGCUCAUAAACACGUCUUCCCAAUCUCAACUUGUAAAUACGAAUUUCCUAGGUUUGAACGCACCAUUAGAGUGCCACUUCAAAAAUGAUCUCAAGUGGCAUUGAUUCCACAAAACAUUUAAUAACAAUUUUUAAAGGGAUAGUUCACCCCAAAAUGACAAUUUACUCACCCUCAAGUUGUUUCAAAUCUGAGUGAGUUUCUUUCUUCUGUUGAACAAAAAAGAUAUUUUAAAGAAUGUUGGUAACCAGACAGUUGACGGUAGCCAUUUUUUCCUAGAAAGAAAGGAAGAAAUUCACUCAGAUUUGGAACAACUUGAGGGUAAGUGAUAACAAUUUUCAUUUUUAGGUGAAGUAUCCCUUUAAGUGAAUAAUGUGCAUUCAGUAAAUUUUUCCUCAAUAAAAAGUUUUACCGCUAAAGCCGUGGUUCCAUCUCUGGUCCUGGAGUACCCCCAACACUGCACAUUUUUGAUGUCUCUCUUAUCUAACACACAUUUGAUGUCUUGGAGUCUUUACUAACGAGCUGAUGAGUUCAAUCAGGUGUGUUUGAUUAGGGAGACAUCUAAGGGGCUGUUUACAGGACACCAUUUUUAACUAAAAACAGAAAACUUUAUAUGCGUUUUGGCCGUCAAUUUACACGACAGUAGCGUUUUGGGGUCCUGAAAAUGCAAACUUUUGAUCUCUGAAAACGUGGAUGUGUGAAAACGGUGACAACAUGAACAUGCCAGUUAUGUGUUUGGUCUAUAGGCAUGCGCAUUUGGCGCGAGUGUUCUGUAAAAGAAUGCGUAUGUGCGCAGGCUCGUAUCGUAGUCUUUCUUUUACAAAGUCACAUCGCAAACUUUUCAGGACAAGUACCACCUUUCGUCAAAUCGAACCAUCCAAAUGGCACGUAGUCACUGGGCAUUGGGUAAAUAUUUUUAAUUGCAAGGUUAAGGACUGUGAGCAACAUGCCAUAUUUUGAUAUGAUAUUCCUAUAGUUAGGAUUAAUCAUACUGCAUCCCUUUGCAGAUCUGUGGAAAGAACCUGAGAAGUAACAUUUAAAAAUUACGCCACAGUAACUUUUAGAAAGGAUUACAAUAUGCACAUACUGACAUGCAAUUUGUAUCAAAGCUUGCCUUCACUUUUAGUACAUAAAUGCUUACUUUGAGAGUAAAAAAAAUAACAUGCUGCCAUUUUAUUGCUUUUUAUAGCACAGAAUAAAAUGUGCACAUACCAGAAUGCAGCCUGAGAGUGGUCAACACCAUACCAAUUUGCAUCCCGCCUAUGCAUUGGAGCCCUAGAUGCACAAAGCUGUUAAAAUUGUAUAUGACUACAGAUGACUGUCAGGACAAUGUCAGAGGAUUUAGUGCGCAACAGAUCCUGAGCGUCAUUGACAAAUAUCUUAUCAUGUAAAAUGUGUGGUCCAUUCCGCCGCUCCCUAUACACAGAGUACUUGUGAUUGCAAAUUCAAAAGUGAAAGUAAAAAGCGAUUUCAAUACCCCCGCAUAUUGAUAGUGGCUCCCUGAUGCCUACAAAUUAUAAUUACCCAACUAUAUAAUUGCGAACACAAGCAUUGAAAUAUUUUUUUUUUUUCCUCCCAUCCCAUAUUUUUUACCUGUCACCAUGUCCCUUGAGACGCUCCGCAUAAUGUGUCAUUUCCUUUCUGAACAAAGUAUUCGGCUUCGGGGCACAUCUCUGGUUUAAGUAUAGUAAAUUUCCAUAGUUGUGUACCACCCGAGGCACUUUGUGUACCCCUGGUGGUAUCACAGCGUACAGUUAAGUUUGAUAAUCACAGUUUGAUAACCACUGUUUUAGUCCUUACGGUACAGUAAUUUACCUGGAUCAUAUCUGCGAUCAUAUCUAUUCUAAAAGCCAUUUCAAAGGCUUUUAUAUAUGAUAUAAAAGCCAUUUCAUUAAUUUUAGAAUAGUCAAUUAAAGGGGGGGUAUCACACACAGUGAUCUCAUGUUAAUCUCAUGUUAAUCUUGAGUACAUAUAGAGCAACAAUGCAUCCUUCAUAUCUCCGAAAAGUCUUUAGUUUUGUUAUAUUUAUAAAAGAUAAAUACGCUAAACCGAGUCUUUCUGAAAAAAGCCGUGAUCCUGGAGGCGUGUCUGCAGUCAGUGCUGUGGAUGGAGCUAAAGAGUCACGAGCGCACGCAGCUUCUGCGUAGAGAUCUCAUGCUAGCUGCGACAUCUUUAUAAAUAAAAAGGGAACAAAAACGUUCGUCUUGUUUAAAUUAUAUGCACUUGCUCGCCGAUUGCCAACAGAACACAGACAUCUGAUGCAGCUUUACUCACCACCCGCGAUCUGCACAUCCAGCGCCGAACUGGGACUUGUUUACAAAGUAUUCGUCACCGAAAUCCCGGGAACAAACAAACAUACGUGCACAACUCCGUUGCUGCCCCGGAAAAACAAACUUCAUCCACUGUUCUCUUAACGCUGGGUUCUUUGGGAAGCUGAAAAAGGUAAUCUUUCCCUCACAACCAAAAACAAACUCCUUUGGUGACAGGAGCUGCAUCUCAUUUCGGAGGCUGCGUCCUCCCGAGGUCGCAUUUGAAGGCUGAAUACUUCAAGGAUGUCAUAUUUAAGAAAAGUAACCAUAAUAAAAUUGACUGAUAUUCAUUGUGAGGUGUAAAAUACUGUAAUUUCUUACUUGCAUUGCAAUCUAAUGGUUAUUUUUCUUAAAUGAGACUGCCUCGAUGAUGUAUACAGCCUUCAAAGGGUGCAGCCCCUGAAUUGGGACACAGCCAUUGUUGAAAAAUCUCUCUGCUUCUGUAUCCCUAACGAAAUGCGUUGAUGGGCGUGCUCUUGUUCUAGGUGAUGUGUGUGCGCAUGCUUAUCAGGGUGAAGUGCCUAUACAAGGAAUUCCGCUCUCUUUUGACAUCAUACAGGACACACUCGAAAAAACUCUCUGAAUCCUUUACCGAAACCGGAAGUAGUGGAUUUGGCACAGAAAUACUCAGUCAUACGUCCAACUGCUUGAAACUUUGGCCAUGUUUAGCAUGAGAAUGCAACUCUUAACCUUGUAAAGAAGUCAGAAUGCAUGAAAUAGCAUUACACCCCCCCUUUAAAUUCAAGUAGUUAACCCAUGGGUAACUUCUCCCCGACUGGAAACAGAUGGCCUAUUUUGCAAAGGUAGCCUCCUCAAAAUCAAGAGCCUCUCCUGAAAAACCCAAGUCAUCUCCUCCGUCGAGCAGCCAUACCCUGGACACUGCUGCCGAGCAGUUUGAGUACUACGAUGCAGGAAACCACUGGUGUAAAAACUGCAAUGUUACCAGUGGUUCAAUGUUUGAUUAUUUCAUGCAUUUGCACAGCAAAACCCAUAGAAAGACUCUAGACCCUUAUGACAGACCUUGGGCAAAGUCAGAGGGUGAAAAGAAACAACCAGCUGGAAAGAGGACUUCAAAGCCAGCCAAAGGCUCUGAGUUCUUGAUCCCUGUGAGGGGAUUCUUCUGCCAGUUAUGUGAAGAGUUUUUUGGUGAUCCCAUUUGUGCUGAGGCCCAUGUCACCUGCCAUUCUCACAAUGAGAGAUACAAGACAAAAAUGUAUGAAAAUCCCCUCUAUGAACAAAGGAGGAACCUGGACCGUCAGGCUGGCUUAGAGAGCCAAAAGACUUCAGAGCACAAACGAAAACGUGAAGAUGACGAUCAGGAUAUUAAGAAAUCCAAACACAGCAAAGGAGGAAAAAUGUCAAGUAAUGAAGUGGAGACAAAAGCACAGUACAGCAAGGAAGAGGAUUACAAGAAUAUCAAAGAGAAUGAAAAUAAACUCAAGGAGAAAUACAAAAAAGAGGAUCUAGAUAAACUGAAAUACAAGGAGGAUGAUGAGAGAUUUAAAAUGAAAGAGGAAGAGAGAGCUAGGUAUAAAAAAGAUGAUGAUGAGCGAAACCGGUUCAAGAAAGAAGAGGAAUACACAUAUAGGUACAGGAAGGAAGAAGGGGAGAGAUCUAGGUAUGAAGAAGACAGGUUUAGAAACAGAGAUGAUGAUGAACAUUAUCGAUAUAGAGAAGAGGAUGACAGAUAUAGAUUUAGAAAGGAUGACGAUAGGGGCCGAUAUGGCAGGGAGGAGGAUAAGAGAUACAAAUACAGUCGGGAGGCGGAGGAGAAGUCGUCAAAAUUUAAAAAUGAGGACUGGGGGAAGUGGCCGAAAUCCAAAUGGGACGAGGACCAAGAAAGUAACGGUAAAUAUGAAAAAAAGGAAGAUAAAACGCCGCACCAGAAGGGCAAGGCUGGUUAUUUAAAAGAUGAUGAGGAGAGCACGGGGAAGUUCAAUGCUAAAGAUGUCAAAGCAGAGCCAAAGAAAGCCAGCGAGCUUCCUAAAGUCUUAUGUGGCCCAAGCCCUGCACUGCUUGCUAAACUUCGCAAAAAGAACGAUGAAGCUGCUGGUCGGCCUGGCUUUGGGAAGUUCGGUCGAAAAAAGCCACAGAAGACAGCACUGGAGAAGGAGGCAGAGAAGAUGGCAGCACAAUUCCUAAAGGAAGACGAAGAGGUGCCUACUGAAAUAGAAGAAAACAAGGAUGCUGACCUAGAUCCUUUUUCCAAGUCUAUAGCUGCUGCAAAAUCCAUUGCUAUCAAAUUGUCAGGAAAGGUUGUGCUUCCUCCCUCUUGUGAAUGGUUAGCAUACAACGAAAAUAAAAUUAAUCCAAAUUUACCACCUCCCCCAUCUCCUAUGGUCAUUAGGAAGUCUUUUACUAGUGUGCAAAAUAAACCAACACCACCUGCUGCUAGUGACAAAUCUGCUGUACCUGUAGCAGGAACACAGAAGGGCCCAGCGUUGUCAGCAGACCUCAUAUCCAAGGCAUUUAGUGGAGAAGAGGUGCAAUUAAAACACACAAAGCCCUCCGCAAGCUCUGUAGAUAUCUUCAACGUAUCCGUACCACUUCCAACUCCCAUUGCAGCACCACAAGUGGUAAAUGCUGCCCAGAUGAAACCUGUUACUCCCAGUGAAUGUGUUGUUACUCUCGAGUCCGAUGUGGCUGCUCCCGGAGUGCCUGAGGAGGAGCAGAAGCUCACUGUAAUCCUUCGUCCUCCUCCUCAGUUUCCUUCUAAUGCCAGAGACCCAUCCCCCAAAAUGGUAAAGCCAAAGACCACUCUUGCCGCAGGAAAAGCAAAAGAUUUGUAUGACAUUUUUUACAGUAGCAGUGCUGCUGUUAAAUCCUCUGUCAGUGCCAGUGUUUGUGACAAACAAGACUCUGGAUUUACACCUCCAGUCAGUGACUCAAGCUGUAAAGAGUCCAAAAAAGACAAAGGCACUAGUGAUGUUGCCCGGAGCAAAGAACCCCCCAAGAACGAGCACUCAGAAGUUGCCCUGAAAGUGGAACCCUCCAAGUACGUGGAUUCAAGAACUGCUGAGAGAGAAGAACACCCCAAGAAUGAGGACUCAGAAGUUGCCCAAAGAGAUAAACCCUCUAAGAUCGAGGACUCAGAAGUUGCCCAGAGCGGACAAUCCCCCAACAGGUCCUCAAGAGUUGCCCAGAUUGAAGAACCCCUCAAGUACGAGGACUCAGAAGUUGUCCAGAGUGAAGAACCCUCCAAGAAUGAGGACUCAGAAGUUGCCCAGAGCAAAGAACCCCCAAAGAACGAGGACUCAGAAGUUGCCCAGAGCAAAGAACCCCCCAACAGGUCCUCAAGAGGAACCCAGAGCAAAGAAUCCUCAGAGAGUGAGGACUCGGAAGUUGCCCAGAGUGCAGAACCCCCCAACAGGUUCCCAGUUGCCCAGAGCAAAGUAUCUCCCAAAAACGAAGACUCGAAGGUUGCACAGUGCGAAGAAUCUCCCGUGAAUGUGGAUUCAAAAUUUGAACAAGCAUUUGAGGAUGCAGUCUUAAACCCUGACAUUCAAAAUGAAGACAACACAAAAGAGGAAGGUCUUGAUGAUCAACAAGUUCUUAAAUCUAUUGAAAUCUCUUUGGGGGAUGUAACUGUGAUGGAAGUUAAUAGUGUGGACACAAUACAGACAAAUAAUGAAGAGGAAAACCCUCUUGAAUCUGAGGAACCCAUGACAUUCUCCCCCCUUCCUGGUUCUUUUACUGAACAACUGAACUUGGACACAUUUGAAUUCAGUUUUGAGCCUUUGUAAAGGACCUUCCAAGAGUAGGUUUAGGGAUGUAUAUGUUACCUCUGAAUGUAAAUAAGUGAUUUUCAAGUAUUCUUUGUAAUUGCUUGAUCCAGUUAGAAUGUUUCAUGUCUAUUCUUAACCUUUUGGCAGGUAAUGCCAGUGAAAGCGUGGACUGAAAAGCAUUCAUUCUGAAGUGGGUGCUGGGGAAGGAAUCCCUCUAAGAGAAUGAAAACUUUCAACAAGUAAUGAAACCUAUAUAUGUGUAAUAGUUUCGCUAUCUUGUCAAAAGCACCUGGUUUUGAGCUACUUGUUUCCGUAUUUUGUUUCCAGCAGAAAUCAUUCCUUUUUCCCCCAAAGGUAAUGUAAAACAUAAUGAAUAUGAUGUGUAUUAAACAUCUCAACUCUAAAUCCAUUUCCUCUUUUCGUUCCAUUUAAAUCAAUGAAGAUAUUUUAAUACAGGAGCCACAAAGAUCCAGGCUCAGAGAAGAGAAUUGGUGUGGAGUUCAUGCUUCAAGGACAUGCAUUCACAACUUUGGCCAGAAAAUGUCAAGCUUGGCCUCCAUAGUUUUUAUUACCCUGUGCUGUGUAUUGAUGGCUUUUCUUUCCAGUUUCAGUUUUUUUAAAGAACAAAUGUUGUGUUACAAUGUUCACAUUAGUACAAUGCUACUUUAGUAUAUAGUUGGUGUAAUUGCACAAGUUCUGUGCUAGCUCAAAUAAAUCACAGCAAUCCUUUC